UAUGUGCUGGAGCAAAUAGCAGAACACUGUCUGGAUCUCUCGAUGGACAAGAGCGGGUGCUGUGUGGUGCAAGGCGCUGUGAGUUACGCUAAGAUUUACGGUGAAGCUGAACUCCUGGAUCAUCUUUGUGCUCGAAUCGUCUCGAAUGCCCUAAACCUCUCCGAACAUCCUUUCGGGAACUAUGUUGUGCAGUAUGUAAUCGAGCUGAGGAUGGAGGCGGUGAACGGGAGGAUAGUGAACAGGUUGAUCGGGAACCACGUCGGCCUGUCGAUGAGCAAGUACGGCAGCAACGUGGUGGAGAAGUGCCUGCGGAUCUGCGGGGACAAGGAGAAGGCGGUG